AUGCCGGACGAGUACUUCUCAAUGGGCGGGAAGCUCAAAUUCAAGGGCGACAAGGCCGCCGACGCCCGUGUUGACAAGAAAAAGAAGAAGAAGGCCAAGAAAGAGAAGGCCAAGACCGAGGGCGAGGCAGAGGCCCACGACGCCACCGAAGCCAACGCGUCCAGCGAAGCUGGCGCGUCCACCGAGCAGCCGACUGACGAGACUGGCCAGAGUGCUUCGGGCUAUAAGAAGACGGCGGCCGAACAGCAUUUCGACGAAAUGCGUAAGAAGCGGUUACACGAGCGGGUGAAGCGCGAGGGCUUCAAAACCCACAAGCAGCGUGUGGAGGAGCUGAACAAGUAUCUCAGCCGACUCAGCGAGCAUCACGAUAUGCCAAAGAUUGGACCGGGUUAA